AUGUGUUCAUUAAACCAAAACUCCGGAAUAAUGACUUUUAAAACCUUUGAUUGGUUAACCCAGUCGAAAACUACCGUAUUGAGUUUUGACCCACCAGUUCCUUGUCUUAUUGGGACACUUACAAGCCAAGCCACUCGAAGAGAGAAAGAUGUGGAAACCAGUUUAAAGAACACAGACAAGGAAUUCCCUUUAAAUUAUUGCUACUCCACCAAACACACCUCAAUCUUCAGCCGCCGCCGCCUCCGCCGCCGUGGUUCUUUGAUACCAUUCAGCCCUAGACUCACAAGGUCGUUCUUAAUCCAAUAG